UGAAACUUACGCGGCCAACGAGGUAAAGGUAACCCAUUCAACAUGGAGCUUAGAUCAAAGAAAGUAUUGAGUAUUGGGCCGCUGCCCGGGGGCAAUCGCCGGGGCGCACCUGGGGCCGGUGCUGGGUGCUCCAGCAUGCGAUCCGCCGGCGACGAGGAGUUGAGCAGGCGGGCUCCCGUCGAUAAAAUUGCUACAGCCGAAACCACCCUAUUGAGGGAUUCUCCAUCCCCUCAAUCCAGUCUUUUCCCGUCACCGAAUUCUUCUCCUAAAUCGUAUGAAAUGGCUUCUUCAAAGUCACCGUUAUCGUAUAACAGCAGUAGUGAGUUUUCAAUGGAUGUUGCGCAGGAGACAAAUUCUGUCAGUAUAUCUGUGCCCACCAUUUUUAACAUCAGAAAACCCAGAAUGAGAUGGACCGACGAAUACAAUGAAGCAAUAAUCAGGUCCUACUACCGAAUAACAAAAUUAGAAUCUGCCCGAACAACAUAUAGGAAACCAUUACAUCAAGAAUUCAUUACGCAAUUCCCUAAUCUUUCACACGUAUCCGAACAACGAGUAGCCGACCAAAGACGCUUGAUAAUAUGCAACAAAUUGUUAUCCGACUCCCGCUUACAAGAAAUUAGGACAGAUAUAGCAGAGGAACUCCAAAUAAAUAACACGCAAAUAAAUACAAAAACACAAGAUAGUACUCUCACUUCUGCACAUUCCAAUACACAAGGUACCAACACCACCAACACCAGGAUGAGAUGGUCCGAUGAAUUAAACGAAAGUCUGAUGAGAUGUUAUUAUAUAGUUACAGAAUCAGAGACCAAUAUGUCCGCUUACCGAAAUAAACUACACAAAAAAUUCAUUGACACACACCCAAAUCUCGCACACAUCACGGCACAAAGACUAUCUGAUCAAAGACGAUCGAUAGUUAACAAUAGAUUGGUACAUCCUAACAAAUUACUGGAAAUAAAAAAUGAAGUAACAACAGAAGCUAACACUAACGAAAAUUUUAUUCAGUCGCCAAGCAUAGAUUGCACAAUACCAAAUUAUUCUACGCAAGAAAAUACAUUUACUAGUCAUACGAUUGAUACUAAUUCUAUAACUUACGCUGAACAAAAUAGCACGCAACAGACAAAUACUACAACACUGGAGGAAGAAACACAUCAAAGCAGGACUGCCCGUACAGAUGACUCUGAUUCAGAUGCCAACCGCGAGAUUAGAGAUACCUUUGAAGAAACCUAUUUAGCUUUCAUUGAUUCCGAACCUACUAGUAGACCAUACAUCAGGAAACAGAAAACAUCGAAAAAGUUAUCUGCUAUAAUACACUAUAUUAAUACAACUAUUCUUCCAAAUUAUUUAAAUAAAGAAACAGACUUUAUAACACUCCAAACGAUAAUAUAUUGCGCGGCAUGGACAGCAGCUAAAUGCAAUGGAACAAAAAUGGAAACAACUACAGAAGGGACAAACAGAACAACAGUUAGAAGGCCUAAAUGGGAAAUUAGAUUAGAAAAGAAGAAAGAAGAUCUCAGAGCAAAGAUAGCUAAAAUGACUCAAUUCAAUAACGGAAAUAGAAGCCCAGCGUUAAUAGACCAAGUAAAGAAAAUAAUGGAUCAAUACAAGAUACAUUCAGUGCAUGAAGAACCAAACACGCAAAUUACACAAUUCAUAGACACUCUUAAACAAAAACUUACAGUUAUAACUAGCCGAAUCAAAAGAUACAGAGCAUGUACACUUCGCAAAACACAAAAUACACAGUUUCAUUAUAAUGAGAAAAACUUCUAUCGCAACCUUAAAACUUCUACAACUAAUAACGCAUCAAACAACGAGCAAACGUCUAAUUUCAACAUUCCCGCGCCUGAUACACUCCGUAAUUUUUGGUCUGAAAUAUGGGAAGAACCUAAAGAUCACAACGACAAAGCAGAAUGGAUAGAAGCUGAGUACGAGAGAAAUGAACACAUACAACCCAUGCCAUUUGAAUUCAUCCCAAUAGAUACCUUCCAAGAUGUAAUUAGGAGACUCCACAAUUGGAAGGCCCCAGGAUCUGAUAAAAUACAUAACUUCUGGUACAAAAAACUUACAUUUAUACAUCCCUUUUUACAUAACCACUUAAAUGAAUACAUUAAAAACCCUGAAACAAUACCCGAUUAUAUUAUGACAGGAACUACUUAUAUGAUACCCAAAGACUCCACCGAUACUACCAAUCCAGCUAAAUACAGGCCGAUUACAUGUCUCCAGACUAUUUACAAAAUACUAAAUUCUUGCUUAACUAACGUGAUGUAUGAACACAUAGAAAAUAAUCAAAUUCUUGCGGAACAACAAAAAGGAUGUAGGAAAUUUAGUCAGGGCUGCAAAGAACAGUUAAUCAUUGAUUCAGUUAUAUUACGACAAGUGCAAAGACAAAAAAGGGAGCUUCACUCCAUGUAUAUAGACUAUAGGAAAGCUUAUGACUCUGUACCCCAUACCUGGCUCUUAGAAGUUUUACGUAUCUAUAAAAUCCACCCAACCCUGACGAACUUUUUGCGAACUGUAAUGCAGAAAUGGACAACACGCCUUAAGGUAGCACAUACUGAAACUGAUCCUAUCUACAUCAAACGCGGAAUCUUCCAGGGAGACUCAUUAAGUCCACUCUGGUUCUGUCUAGCCUUGAACCCAUUAUCCAACCUUUUAAUAUCGUCAAACACAGGCUUUGAAUUGAAACACAUAGAUACUCACACUAGCAGACCGACCACCAUGCAAAUUAACCAUCUCAUGUAUAUGGACGACAUAAAACUAUAUGCCCAAUCACAAGAUAGUCUCUAUCAGUUAGCUAAUCUUACAGAACAAUUCUCAAAUGAUAUUUGCAUGGAGUUCGGGAUUGAUAAAUGCAAAAUUAACGCUAUAAAAGCUGGACAGAACCAGAGACACACCUACCAGAUGGAAUCUGGACAGCGAAUUGACUCAUUGGAAGAGAACGAAGUAUACAAAUACCUAGGAUACAAUCAGGCUAAGUUAAUAGAAUACAAAGACACAAAAGCUAAAUUACUGCAACAGUUUAAGCACAGACUCAAUUCUGUCAUGAAAACCCAACUUCACUCCCGCAACAUUACCAAGGCAAUAAACUCAUUCGCAGUACCAAUCCUAACAUACUCCUUCGGCAUUAUUAAGUGGACAAAAACAGAACUCAAUAGCAUACAAAGAAUCAUAAACACUACACUUACAAAGCACAGAAAACAUCACCCGCGAGCAUGUAUCCAAAGACAAACCCUACCGCGUAACGAGGGAGGCAGAGGAAUCAUUGACAUCCAAAACCUCCAUAACAAACAAAUCACUACGCUCCGCUCUUACUUUCAUCAAAAGGCCAUAACUUCCACUCUCCACCAGGCAACAGUACAAGCUGAUAUUAAAUUGACCCCUUUAAACCUACAAGACAUGUCUACCCAAGAAAAUGAACUGCAAACUUCAACGCAAACAAAAAUCAGCGAAUGGACCCGAAAGUCUCUCCAUGGAAGACAUCGCCAUGACCUAUGCCAACCCAACGUCGACAAGAUAGCGUCGAACGCCUGGCUUAGUCGUGGGGAACUCUUCCCUGAGACUGAAGGGUUCAUGAUUGCGAUUCAGGACCAAAUCAUCGAGACCCGCAACUACCAGAAGCAUAUCAUGAGGAUUCCUAAUUUACCUACCGACUUAUGCAGAAAAUGCAAUAGCAGUUCCGAAACUAUCCAACACGUAACAGGUGCAUGCAAAGCAAUAGUACAGACCGACUACAAACACCGACACGACCAAGUCGCCAAUAUUAUACAUCAGAAACUUGCUUGCAAAUACAAACUAAUUACGCAUAAACCUACGCCAUACUACAAAUAUGAACCCGAACCUGUACUUGAGAAUAGUCAAUACAGACUAUACUUUGACCGCGCUAUACUCACCGAUCGGACUACACACUAUAAUAGACCAGACAUCACGCUUCAGGAUAAGAAUAACCGCACAGCAACUAUAAUAGAUAUAGCUAUACCCAACACUCAUAACCUGCAGAAUUCAAUAUCAGAAAAACUAUCCAAAUACACAGAUUUAAAGGAUGAAAUCAGGCGGAUGUGGCGCCUUAAUGAAGUUAACAUCGUUCCAAUAGUGCUUUCAACAACAGGCGUCAUACCGAAACAACUACACCAAUCAUUAAAUACACUUAAUUUACCACCACUCACCUACAUAUCACUACAGAAGGCAGUAAUUCUGAACACCUGCAGAAUCGUAAGAAAAUUUUUACAAACCCAUGACAGCCAUAACCAACCAACAAGGGCAGACACCGACUCUACAACCACAAACUAAU